AUGAUCAGACCCUACUGGUGUCCCGGAAACUACAAUGUUGCUGACUUCUUCUCAAAAUUGUUGGAAAAAGGUUUAUUUACCAUGCAUGCUCAUAGAUUCGGUAUGAACUUUGAAGAGACUAUUGUCGGUAAGUUAGCCGAAGUCUAUCAGACAGUCCAUUUGAAGGAGUUUACUGACUUUCCGAAAAAGGACGAGAAGGAUCCAACAACAGUAUUUACUGAUAUUCAUUUCGAGAAGAAGUCUGUUGCUUAUGAAGCCUAUCACUUGUCACAUGGACUUUGCCUGUGA